AUAAGGAUGCCGGCGGCUGCAUCCAUAAAUAUAAUCUUCCCGUUGUGCACUGAUAAAAGAUAGCAAAAGGUUGCUGCGAUCGUGAUCUAGUAGCGUGAAGAACCCGCGCGGGUGGUAGUUUAGCGAGAUGAAAUCGAAGCAGAAAACCACAUCGAAUCUGCACUGGUGGCCAUGGUACGGUGGAUGGGGAAUGCUGGUGCUGCUGGCAUUGUGUGGCACAGCGAGCUACCUUUCCUUCUUCCAUUUACCGCCCGCCCUAACCGACAGUGAUCUUGGCCGGUUGCCGUAUGCCUUUAACGGUGCCCGUGCAUGGAACACUCUGGUGGCGCUCGAUGCCCUUGGCCCCAAACCGGUAGGAUCCACGGCGAACGAGAUAGGUGCGGUGAAGCUGCUGGAACGAGAAUUUACUCUCAUCAACGCAACAAAGCAUGCCGUGCAGGAAGUGCUGUACGAGAAGCAGCUCACAUCCGGUGCGUACGGUAUCAACUUCUUCGGCAGCUCGAUGACCAGCGUGUAUCGGAAUGUGCAGAACCUUAUCGUAAGGCUGGCCGGUCAGGAAGGUGUCGCUGGGGCGCUGAUGCUAAACUGCCACUAUGAUUCAGUGGCCAGCAGUCCCGGCGCAAGCGAUGACUGUGGCAGUUGUGCGGUAAUGCUAGAAAUUCUGCGUGUCCUUUCCCGAGGAUCGGAACGUCCGCGUCAUCCGAUCGUGUUUCUCUUCAACGGAGCAGAGGAAACACCGUUGCAGGCUUCGCACGGCUUCAUUACACAGCACCGGUGGGCACAAGAAGUACGGGCAUUUCUGAACCUCGAAUCGGUCGGUUCCGGUGGGAAGGAGUUGCUGUUCCAGAGUGGUCCACAGCAUCCCUGGUUGGUUGAAGCGUAUGCUCGUGCCGUUCGGCAUCCGUUCGCUCAUGCCAUCGGCGAGGAAAUCUUCCAAUCGGGGUUCAUACCAUCGGAUACGGACUUUCGGAUUUUUCGCGACUUUGGACACAUUCCUGGACUGGACUUUGCACAUAUUUUCAAUGGAUAUCGGUAUCACACGCGCUAUGAUUCCGUAGAAUAUCUUUCGCCGGCCGUCCUGCAAAACACCGGUGACAACGUGCUCUCCCUCGUUCGCUUGCUGACCAGCGGAGAGUAUCUAGAACGAAUUGCAGAGGGGGAGCGGUCCGUUGGAAAGUCGGUUUUUUUCGACUUUCUAGGACUCUUCUUUGUAAAUUGCUCAGAAAAGCAGGCAGCUAUCAUGAACGUGCUAGUGGCAUUCCUCGGCCUACUGGUGGGCUUCUGGUCAACGCUUCGUAACGUUGGAAGCCAGCAUUGGCGUGCGGUUACCACGGAAAGCCUAAUACAUGGAUUCUGUGCGACACUGGUCGGUGCUGGAGCUGCCGUCGGUUUCAACCUUGGUAUAGCGUUUCUGGUGGAUCGGCUUUUUCAACGGUCCAUGGCAUGGUUUUCAACGUAUACCUUGACCGUCGGACUGUACUGCCUACCGGCGAUGGCCUUACUCUUCAUUGCCCAUCGGGAGUUUCAUCGAUUGUUUCAACGAAAAGAUACACCGUUGCCACUAUCGCUGGCGGUUAAAACGCGGCUUACAGGUGUUUAUCUGUUCUGGAGCGUAAUAAUGAUCGGAGCUACUAUCGCCGGUAUACGAUCGGCAUACGUGAUAAGCGUACUACUCGCUUGCAUGGCGCUGAUUCCCCUUAUUAGUGAACCGUACCCAUGGCAUUUUAAAUCAAAGAUCGUUUCCACAGUGUUGUCGGGCAUCUGGUUACUCCUGCACACCGUUGCACUUCUUUGGACGACGCAAUUUUUCCAUAUUUUCGCUAACAUUUUCAUACCUAUCGCUGGGCGUUCAGGUGCGAAUGAUAAUCCCGAUUUCCUGAUCGCUACGGUAACGGCUGCCUGUAGCCUACUGGUAUGCAGCUUCAUGCUACCGUGGAUUAAUUUGCUACGCAACCCGUACAGCAGUACAAUCGGGACGCUUAUGGCGCUGUUUUUGAUAUCGUUGCUGCUUGCGAUUGCGACACCUCUUGGUUUCGCUUAUCGUGAGGCUACCCAACAGCAAUCACCCAAGGUACAACGGAUUCUGGCUCAGCAUACCUUACGCCAGUGGCACGAUAGUAACGGCGCAGUUCGCACAGACGAUGCAGGAUAUCUGUUUCGACUAUGGGAUCGUCAUAAUGAGGCUACGAUUCGUGAGGUCAUCUCGUCGGAUGGUGGCAACGCCGGAUCAAUCUUCAAACCAUCCGAAAUGGGCGAUUGUACAUCGGAGGUGUUUUGUGGACUGCCCGCCUCAGCCGUGCGUUUCAGCUCACUCUGGUUUGCCCAACCCAAGUCGAAUCAUCCCGACGCGGUUGAGAUGGUUAAACUAUCCUUAGAAUCACGGAACAACACGACCACCAAGGAUGGAUCUGUCGUUAGAAGCAGAUUGGCGUUGAAUCUUACCGGCAGUUAUCAAUCAUCUAUUCUCGUUCGUCCUCGGCGAAACGUUACGCUAACUGCAUGGAAUCUCACCCCCGUAUUACCUCCGCAGCUAACCGUUGGGGAUAAUCACAAAGCGUAUUACGUGAUAAUCACUCAUGGAUUGCCCAGCCAACCGCUCCAGUUGGUCCUGGAUCUUGAGCAAAGUGCAACCGAUGUGGCAUCCGCCGCACAAAUCCCGUUGGUAGACAUUAGCGUUACAACAAAUUUCUGGGAAUAUCAUGAACAUUUCAUGCCUGCCUUUUCCAAAUUCAUUCAAUCCUUUCCACCAUGGGCUCACGUAGUACCAUCAGUAUCGAUCGUUAACCUGUAUAGCUUUUAAAAGUUUGAAGUAAAUCUGUUCAUCUGAAUCUAGUGUCUCUUGUUCAAAAUAAAAGCAACUAUAAAUUUCGGUUCAUCAACUGUGUUUCUAUU